AUGAAUAUCGUGGCUUUGCUAAAUUCUGUUGAUGACGAACAAUACCCUUCAACCUCUGCAGAAAAUCAUGAUUACGACCCGGAAGUAGAUGCUUACAUGAUUAUUCGAUUACUUAGUUGUCCAUCAUGUGGAAAUCUCUUUAACGACCCUGUCACUCUUCCUUGUGGAAAUACUUUUUGUAGUAGAUGUCUUUCAACAUCUGCUAAUAAUAAACGAUUUGAGUGCCCUGUUAUAGGAUGUAAUCGUCUUCAUGGAAUUGAUACAAGAUCUGAUGUAACUGUAUGCAAGUUAACAGAUUUAUGUCGUAGAGAAUUAUCAGAUUUCAUUCCACAUGUUUCUCAACCAAGACGACAAUUACAAUAUCAAUAUCGUUUAAAUAAUUUAUAUGAUAUUGUAGAUGAUGAUGAUUGUUUAUUAGAAAGUAAUGUUAUCGAAGAUUAUGCUAGUGAUGAUUAUAAUAGUAAUGAUGAUUGUUUAAGUGAUUAUUCUGUGGGUGAUGAUGAUUUUUCUAAUCCACUUGAUUUAACUCAUCUUAAAGAACUUUUAUUAAAAGAAUUAGAAUGUCAAGUUUGUUAUCAACUUUUUAUGGAUCCUAUAACAACUCCUUGUGGUCAUACUUAUUGUAAACCUUGUUUAACUAGAUCUUUAGAUCAUAAUGAUAGAUGUCCAUUAUGUAGACAUCAACUUCAUAAUUAUAAUUCUAUUUUAAAUCAACCUAUAAAUAAGACUGUUAAUAUUUUUAUUUCUCAAUUAUACCCUUCUUUACUUGCUGAUCGUAGGCAAUUGGCUCAAAAUGAACUUAAUGAUGAUACUCAAGAUACUCCUAUUUUUGUUACUUCUUUAGUAUUCCCAAAUAUGCCUUGCUUUCUUCAUAUUUAUGAACCUAAAUAUAGGUUAAUGAUAAGAAGAUGUUUAGAUUCUCGUCAAAGACAAUUUGGUAUGGUUUUAAGGAAUGGGAAUAGUUAUGUAGAUUAUGGAACUAUGCUGGAAAUUCGUUCCACUGAAUUUAUGAAUGAUGGUCGUUCAUUAGUUGAAACUGUUGGUACUUUUAGAUUUAAAGUUAUUGAAAGAGGUAUGAAAGAUGGUUAUGAUGUUGGAAAAAUUGAACGAAUAGAUGAUAUUAGUCCUGAAGAAGAAUUGACUAGAGAACAAGCCGCUGUAAGAGCUGCUGAGAUUAAUAAUAGAGAUCCUUCUAAACCUAUAAUUUAUGAACAUACUAUAUCUGAACUUAUCGGAAAAGCUCGUGAAUUUAUUGAAUCACUUAGAAAUGGUUACGCUCCAUGGUUAUUACAACGUCUAAACUCAACAUAUGGUGAUAUGCCUGAUGAUCCUUCGGAUUUUUCUUUUUGGGUUGCUUCGGUCAUUCCUAUUGAUGAAAAUGAAAAAUAUAGAUUAUUGGAAGAAAGAUCCGUUAGAGAAAGAAUGAAGAUGAUUGUUAAUUGGAUCGACCAAUUAAGAGAACAAUGGUGGUUUGAAAGAGGUUGUGUAAUUUCGUAA